AUGAAUCCGUCUGUUCAAUUUCCUGAAGAUCAAGUCGAAGAAACGAGGAUGAAUCUGCCUGGUAUGAUGUUCGCCGACGGCGAGGAGCCCGUGGGAGUUAGGGUUCUUACAUACCAGUCUUCUCGCGCAAUUAACUCCAUUUUGAGUGCUCUCGAUGAAGAGGAGAUUCAGUUUAUCCGACAAUCUUCCUUUGGUAAGCUAGUCGAUAUUGGUGACAAACCCGGCUUCUCAGGUAGAUUUGCCCGAUUCCUUCUUUCCAGGCAACUUAAAGUUGAGAAGAAAUAUGAAGCUUGGUUCCGAUUUGCUGGGAAGCCCAUAAGAUUUUCCCUCCGAGAGUUUGCUAUCGUCACCGGUCUUCCAUGUGGCGAGUUUCCCAAAAAACAGAAGCUGAAGAAGAAGAAAAAGAUUAACGACAAACCCUACUGGCCUGAGCUCUUCGGAAGUGUCGAAGAGCUGCGUGUGUCGAAGGCGGUUAAGAUGCUGCGAAAAAAAACCGUCACCGACAAAGAUAUCCGGAUAAAAUUGGCCUGUCUGGCAAUUGUAUCAUCUGUUUUGUUAUCUACUAAUCUGAAGAUGAAGAUGUUGAAGGAACACGCUGAGUUGCUUGAGGACAUCGACGAAUUCUUUUCUUUCCCUUGGGGUCGGUUAGCAUUUGAUAUGUUGAUGACUAGUAUCAAAAAAAAGGAUGAGAUCUCCCUGUCCCAAAAUUCAGUAGCUCUCAAAGGCUUUGCUUUGGCCUUGCAGCUCGUAAUUGUCGAAGCUGUUCCUUCGCUCACGGAAGUAGUGCAAGAGUCUUGUUCCUCAUCUGAGUCUGAUAGCGAUGAAGAUGAUGUUGAUCGCAGUACAAGGAAGACAAAGAAGAAGACUUUAAGUCCUGCACAUGCUCGCGAAGUUGACAAGAAAGAAGAGGUUAUGGUGCGGAGUAUAAUACCUCAAGACCCAGCUAGGCCGGUGGACGAGUCUGUGCUUGUAUGGUCCGAUGAAGUUGAUGACGCAAAAGUAUCGUUUAUGCUUUGUUGCAUAAACGAUAACCAUAUCUUUACAAAAGAUAUGUUCAGAGGAGGGGUAACAAAAGCUGAUGUGGAAAGAAUGCGUGAGAAGGCUAAAACAGCAGGGAAAAAGAAAGGAAUCCCGAGAAAGGAUAAAGCUCCACCAGUUUGCUUGGAAGGCGAUAUCAGAAUAACGUCUAUUGUAAAUGCCAUACUGCGACCGGAGGUAAACAGGAUCGAUGGGAAUAUUGCUGAUGUUGUUUCUUCAGUUAAAGAGGUGUCUGCCCAGUCUGUUGGAUGUGAAAAUAAGGUUAUUGCAAUAGUUGAAGGAAUGUUGCAGUCUUUCAAGACUGAGAUGAUGAAAUUUAUGCCGACUUUACAUACACAAUCAGCUUUUGCGCAUCCAAACUCAACUGCAGCGGGUGAAGAACCGGGAGUGGAAGGUGUUCCUUCAAAGACGACUCCCAUUCCUCUUGAUGAUAAUGAUGAGAUAAUCGAAAAUGUGAUGGAAAACAUUAGUCAUUACUCAACGCCACCUGCUGCAGAAAACGAAUGCCCGGAAAGUGGUAAUCCUCACACUUUAGGAUCACCUGGUAAAUCAUGCUCCCAAAAAUCGGUCAACCCUUUCGAUGGAGCUGCGGAUGACCACAACAGUGGAAAUCAAAUGAUGGAGAACGAGGCGGUGCAUGUUCAACCUGAAUCUAUCCACAAGCAUCUGUCUAACAUGCAUUCGAAUGGAAAAGGGGGAAAGUCCGUGGAAGAUCAAUCAUCGAGGUCUGGUCAUAGCCAGACGGAACAACAGGUUGAUCCAAUUGUUCCGUCAUUCUCACUUGGCCUAACUCAGGAGCUUCGCGAACAUCCUGAUGAAGAUGAUGAUGAGAUGGGAGAGAACGAAGAUCAGGGUGGUGGGAAAGGCAAUGGAGAGGUUGUAGUAGAUGGAGGAGAGGCAUUACUGUGCCGUAAGAGCAAGCGCAUACGCACCGUCCCACCUCAGUUGCUCACCGACUACCAAUGUGGAACUGCGUUACUUAACCGUGCGAGAGAAGGCCAGAUUUUUGGUAAUGGUGCUUAUGAUGUAGGAGUUAUUCAUGAAAAGUAUAGCCGUCUGAAGAUUCUACUCAAGAAAGAUUGCGUUAUAAACGUCGCUGGCCUAUCCGUCACGGGGAAGGACAUCACGGACAUUGGAGAAAGAAACCGGUUUCUCCCAGGCAGAGUUAUGGACAUUCUUCUGAGGGUAGUUUCUGCAUCUGUGAACAACAAAAUUUGUGGUACCUCACAUUCCUCUCCUGUUUUCCUGGAUAGUGGACUUCAAGUUUUGUUGGCUAGGAACUUUCAAAAGUUCAGGAGAGCAAAGUCCGGAACUCCGUAUAUAUUCACAAAGGCCCUCGUCGAUAUGGUGGUGAAGAGUUUGAAUUCUAACACUGCUGCCUCACGGUUCUACAUGCCUCUCUCCCUGAGCCGGAAACACUGGGUCGGGAUUUCCGUUGAUUUCAAUGCAGGAAAAAUAUAUGUUCUUGAUUGCAAUCCGGAGGUUACGAACGCAAACGUUUUAACCAAGGAGGUUGCCCCCCUAUGUGAAAUUUUCCCAUGCUUGCUGAAACACUGUGGUUGCUUGCCUGACUAUCUGGAGACGGCCCUCGCUGUUGAGACAGUAAAAGGUGUGGUGCACAACACCAACCCCGCAGAAGCGGCCUUGACUGCUUGUUUGUUGAUGUGUACUCAUGCGCUCUAUGGGCCAGAAAGUUGUAGUACUAUCACUCCAUCAAUCAUUCCCGACGAGUCACAAAGGGUAGCUGUGCUGAUUUAUGAGUUCCACAAGAAGCUCUAG